UCAUUUCUUUUCCAUAAUUCCAUUAUAUGGAAAAGAAUUUCAAACAGGUUUGGAACUAUCAGAGAAGAUCUCCUGUGUAUUAAAGUCAUGGUGAUCUAAUAGUUCAAUUAUGAUUAGUUAUUUGUUAAUGCUGAGAUGCUUGCGUUAUUUUGUGAUCAGCAUUGUCACAUCCUGCGUGUUUCAUUUUCACUCCUAACCCAUAUGACACUCAAAACCAAAAUAGAUUUACAAAAGGAACUGGCCCCAGUCCCUUAAAAUGGCUAUUUCUUGUCAUAGAUGUUCCGGUAAUUAAAUGAUCUUCUCCGGAAAUAAAAAUGGUUGGUAAUUGUAGUCAAAGAUGAGGUUAGGUGUACAUCAGCGGCUUGAUGUUUGAGGUUCAUGGGUCAGACGUAUGAAUCAUCAUGCUGACGUUCUCAGGUGGACGGAGCUAGCGUUUAGUUUGCAUUGCCUUCGGAGGUGCUAUGGGGUCAAGACCCAUGACAUCUACAACAUCUCAUGUUGAUGCAUUUAGAACGGAUUUGUGUCAUUGCACAGAGAGCUUAUAAAUGGUUGAGAUGGUCCUUCUUCUGUUACUUGAGAGGAGUCGGUCACAAUAUACGUCUAUCUCAAAUCAAGUCCUGUUUCCAGCCACAAUGGUCAGUGAUCGGAUCUUUCUUCUAACCGUAACCUGCUCCGUCUUAAUGCUACUAGUUAGCUGCGAUGAUCUUCUAGAGAUCCGCUCUCCAGAAGAUGACAUGAAAGCUCGAGAGGAGAAAGAACUGAUCGAGGCUCUUCAAGAAGUUCUUGAAAAACUGAGAAACAAACAGAUCCCCACUGCAGAGAAGAAGUUUGGUUGGGUCCCCUCGUGUGAUGCAGGUGAGCAGUGUGCGGUUCGCAAAGGCGCUCGCUUCGGGAAGCUUUGCAGCUGUCCAGGAGGAACCACCUGCAGUUUCUCCAUCCUCAAGUGUUUGUGAAAACAUGCCUCAUUCUGUCAUUAUCCAGCGUUUUAUUGUAUGAUUGUUAGAGAUGUUUGUUGUUUCCCGUCAGUUGUAACGUUUUAUUAAUGCACACAUCAAAUAAAUGCAUGCAUUUUUGUAAAUAUCUCUGUUUUUUGUUUUUAUUCAAAGUCUGAUAACUCUG